AAGGUUACGGGAAAUUGAAGUAUGCAAAAAGGUUCGUGAAACCUGUAUUAAUCGUCCACUGACGUCCAAUAACAAUCCAGAAUUCCUUUUGCAUUUUAUGAGUGUAUUUAACACAAGAUAAGAACAAUCUUCGCUUUUUUUUGCGUUCGUGUCGAUGGCAGUAUCUUGCCUAUAACUGAUAGGAAAUCUUGACGCAUUGCGUAAUAACAAUCACAAACGACUACAACGGAAUUUGGGUUUAGUUUUACUGGAAGUCAAAGUUUUUCAGACUCUGAGCCACUUCACAUAUAGAGGGAAUGAAAAUAGCAGAUUCGAUUCAAAGUUGUGUACAAUGGAACCUGUUAUACAGGCUCCCAAACAAAAUCCCCAAGGGCAUCUAGCCGCCAACAGGCCAAUGGCUUUUCACCAGGUCAUGCCGUGAAAAGCGUAAGCACUGGCCGCACAUUCCUAUUGGCUCAAACUGCGUGAAUUGUACAAGGAUCACAGCACAAGGAGCAUAAAGGCACUCCCUGCAAACACUCACUCACUUGAGGUUAUCUCUUCAGCUGAGGACCUUUGCACCACGUUAGCUGCAUUUGCAAGUUGGAAGGAGACAUUACCAAGAUGAAGACUCGCUCCAAGUGCAAUAUGUACAGCCAUAAGAAACACCCAAACUUCGGUCGCGAUGAUGCAAAUAAAGACAAACCCUGGGCUAAGACAGGAGCGUAUUUCCUCGGGCCAAACGCCGAGAACGGGGACGUUUUUAAGCGCCAAGUGGUUGAGGCCAUCGAUGGGCACAUCAAGUUUAGAGAACACUACUUUCCUCAAGAUCCGGACUUUAUCACGGACGAGAUGAAGGACGCGCCAUCUUACCGGGAGACAAUCCGUAAGAUGUCCAAAGAAAUCAACAACAUGCAUGGCGAGCUACAGAAGUCAGUCCCAUUCUUCUCCUCCAGAUACAAGGGUCACGUGACAUGGGACACCCUGAUGGCUGCUAACCUUGGGUACAUGGUAGCCCUCAUGUACAAUCAGAACAACUGCGCCGCAGAGGCAAGCACCGUCACCACCAAGUUCGAGGUGGGAGUUGGGCGUGACCUCUGUACCAUGAUCGACUUCGACCCGGACAAGGCAAUGGGUCAUAUUGUUGCUGGUGGCAGCGUAGCUAAUAUAGAAGGCAUGUGGGCGGCUCGUAAUGUCAAAUUUUAUCCACUUGGCUUGUGCGAUGCCAUCAGGAAUGAAGAGGUUCUAGCUAAAGCUAAGGGCUACAAGGUCUUCCUACCACACAGGAACGUGUACGUGGCCAUUACGGACUGUACUACCUGGGAGCUGCUUAACCUUGACGUGGACAUCAUUGUUGAGAUGCCCGAUAAGGUGUCCGCUAUGUGUGGCAUGACGUCAUCCGAUCUUCUGGGGGUGAUGGCGAACUAUGGGUACGAUGCCAUAGGUAUCCAGAACUUCUGCGCACGCCAUGGCUUGAAGCAGAACCCGUGUGUACUGGCGCCAACCACAGCCCACGUGUCUCUCUACAAAGGCUGCACCAUACUCGGCAUGGGGAAGGGCAACCUGAUCACUAUACCCGUGGAUGAUAACGCGCGGAUGUGUGUCAAAGGUGUGCACGGGCUCCGCGACUUGCUGGAAGACAAGCUGGCCAACAAGAUCCCUGUAGUGAGUGUCAUCGCCAUCAUGGGCACGACCGAAGAGAGUGCUGUGGACCCCCUGACUGACAUCCUAGAGCUUCGUAAUGAGAUGCGCAGACGGGGCUUGAACUUUAUGAUCCAUGCAGACGGGGCUUGGGGAGGUUACUUCUGCACAAUGCUGCGUACCCCACCAAAACCAGAAGACGACGGCGGAGAAAAUCCGGAAUGGUUCGUUCCAGAGAUGCAUCUCAGUAACUACACCACCAAGCAGCUCUCUGCAAUUCCACACGUAGAUACGAUCACGAUUGAUCCACAUAAAAGCGGCUUCUGUCCCUAUCCCGGCGGAGCGAUCUGCUACCGCGACAAACGCAUCAACAACUUCUUGGGCAUCACCAACCAAGUGGUGUACUACCAUGGAUCGCUGAACCUUGGGGAUGUGGGAAUUGAGGGAUCCAAGCCUGGCGCUGUGGCGGCGGGAAUCUCCAUGGCUCACAGGGUUGUAGGCCUGCAUAAGAACGGCUACGGUCGUAUCUUGGCUGAGUGCACAUUCACCUCCAAGCUGUUGUACUGCCUGUGGACCUGCCUGGGACAGGACGAUGACCCCUUCUUUGUGGUACCCACCAAACCAUUACCACCAGACCGCACCCGAGAGGAGCACAUCAAGUUCAUGAGGGCCCGUAUUCUAAACAGGCCUAACGAGGAGCUUGCUCAGGAUGCUGAAGCCAUGGAAUACCUUCGCGAGAUUGGCCCCGAUACCAUGAUUCCUUGCUUCUCCUUCAACCUGAAGAACAACUCGGACGUGAAUUUGUGCAAUGACCUGGUACAGGCGGUUUUCAAGGAUCUGUGUAUGAGUGAUGAUCGUGUGUCUUCGUAUCGCUUCCCCAUGCUGGUCACAGCGUCGACUCACCCACAUCACAACCACAGCAUCUCUCUCAGAGAGUUCAAGAAACGCCUCGGACUCGACCCGUAUGACACGACAGGAGUCAAGUACAUCAUCACUACGUGCAUGGAUCCGUGGGCGACCUCCAUCGACUUCGUGGAUGAUCUGGGCGCCAUCAUGAGGAACGCCAUUCUUAAUGCCAUUGGAACGGUGACAGACCCGAACGUCCACCAUGACUUCAUCACCACUGGUCAGCUGACAGGCGACAAAAAGAACAAGCACAUGAUUUGCUACUACGCAGGUCAGUUUCCGGCGGUUUCGCACCAGUACUGCGCUGCUUUCAAGAUCCAGUUCUUCAACUCAGCCGAGGGGGAGGCUGUGGCAGACGCGGCCGCUAAGCAUACUGAGCCGCUGACCCUUCGUAGCGUGGAACAAGAACGUCUCCAUGAUCUUCUGUUGUACGACUUUGACGAAGGGGACAGUGGCAGACAUGAACCAGAAGUCAAGGUUGACUGCUACUACGGCUUGCCAACGGAGGGGAAGGCGCCGUUUAUGCGGACGACGGUCAGGGUGGUAGACGUGGCCAGAUUUGAUCACUUCGAUCAUACGGUUAAGGAAUAUCCAGAAUCAAGCAGAUACUUCAUGUAUGGCUCAGCUGACAAGGCUUUCCUAAUGCACAUCCCGACCAUACAGCCGGACUUCCUGCAGCUUGUCGAGUUGAGCGCUGUACCGGAGGGCGUGUCCCCCCUGAUCCUGCAACACGGCGCUGAGAUCGAAAUGCCAUUUCCUGGGACCCCCCAGACGUCUGGCAAGGCGAUCGUGGACCCAUUGGACAAGUCACAGUACGAAGUGAGAGUGGAAAUCGAAGGAGGAGCCGAGAUAAGAACCAAGAUCGAUAUUGCUAAGAAGAUCUGGUUUGACGGAAGUGUCGUUAACGGAAUAGCUUGAAAAGAUUCGUCGCAAUGAUGACAAGACUGCCCCGGCUGAUAAGAGCAAUGAAAGAUGUAAACUCGAGCAAUAAAUGUCCUGUAGCAUGAA